UCAGACAGGUGAAGAUGGCAGCUCAGGUGCUUGCGCUGCUGCUGCUGCUGCUGCUGGGCAGCUCGGUGCUCCUCGCGCUCUACCCCCCCGGAUCCGGUCCGGACUCUGAUGCGCGAGGCAUGGCGGAGCUGCGGCGCGUGCAGAGCCUCGCGACUCAGCCCAGGUACGGAGGGUGCUGGGCGCGAGCUCUGGACAACCUGGACACGCGCUGCACGGACAUGACGUCAGAGAGCCAGAGCCGCAUCGCGCUGAGCUUCACCUUCUGUCACCUGAGCAGCUCGGGCAGGGAUUUCCCAUCAUGCCCCAAGGGGUCGGAGGUCAGCAGCUGUACAGGAGCGAUGGACGCCGUGGCCUUCAACGCCUACACUGAGUUCUUCACACACACACACUCCAUCUGUCAACACCUGCAGUCUGAAGCCUGGCAGAGCCGAGCGGAAAACACCAUGUUCAGGUUAACGGAGAGCUCAGCAGGUGUAGCGGAGCAGCUUCUGUCCACCAGGCAGAUGGCUGAGGACCUCAUUGAUGCCCAGACCCUUGCCUUACAGGCACAGAAGGAGAUCCUUGACAACGGAGAGGAGCUGAGAGUCACCCUGCAAGACUCUACCCAGGGCCUGCGCUCGGUGUUCUCGGAGCUGAACGGUGCCUCCAGGCAGCAGCAGGUGGCGCUGUCUGAACUCUUCAACAGAGUGUCCUUCCUGCAGAGCUUCCUGAUGGUGGAGGCUCACAGCCUGGGCUCCUGCUGCUACAACGCUGCUGCCCUCUGCACCGCCUUCCUCCUGACCGCCACGCAGCGCUCCUCCAGAGCCAGGUUGAUGUUGUUGACAUUGGUGUGUUUAAAUGUCUUCCUGGAGAGGAAGAUCUACCAGUUUGUGAUGAACUCGGAUCAUCCUGAACACAAACACAUGGAGCUGGUCAGUGUGUAUGUGAGUGUGUUGCGGCGCUUCAUGGUGUGUGUUGGUGUGUGUGUGCUGCUGGUGGUGUGUGUUCGGUACAGAGACCCCGUGCAGCAGAGUCUGCAGGUGCUGCAGCAGCUGAAGGAGGCGCUGCUGCAUGCAGAGAGUUUGGGGGCGCAGCAGCAGCAGCAGCAGAAUCAGUUAUGGGUGAAGAGGAGGUCAGGGAGCAGAAGAAGACAUGAGGUGCCCAUGGUGGAGGAAACAAAAAUAGUAGAAGAAGAAGAAGAGGAGGAGGAGUGCAGCACUUUGGUGUCUCCCACCGACAUCACAGAUCUGUCUACCCUCUCUCUCAUGGGUUGGACGAAUGACAGUAUUCUCAGCAGUACAGUGAACAGCUUUGCUGCUGACACCACGCUGCAGCUCAACAUUACCCACAAUGCAUCAGUGCUGAUUGCCACUACCCAGAAUGCCUCAGUGAGUCCGGCCAGGCGUCCACGUCGCUCCUCCUCCUCCUCCGGCCCUCUGGUGUACAGCAUCCUGGUGGAGGACCAACGGCCUCGGUACAGCCUGAGGACCAGGAGAUCAGAGACUCACUGAAGGAAAGUCACAUUUGUUUCAUUUAUAGUUUGUUUAUAUGCUAUUUAUUUUAAACUGAAUGUUGUUGUUUUUUGAAUAUUAAUUAAAGUCUUAUAUUUUAAACUGAU